GCCAAGAAGAAACGUUCGUUGGCAGAAAUACAGCACAAGUGAAAAGAAGCAAAAUGGGACUGUCUGUUUUCCUGGGAUGUCUCGUCUGUAUUAUUGGAAUGGCGCAUGCGUCGAACCUUCUCGUGGUAAAGGAGAAGAAAAACAUGGACGAUGCUGUUGCCUACUGCGAAAGCCAGGGUCUAAUUCUUGUCAAAGAAACGGAUUCUUUCAAACAUGACGAUGUAGUCAAUGCCAUGACUGAAGCUGGUAUAAAGAACGAUGACAUCUGGAUUAAUGGAGACAUUAAAUCGUCAAAGGAAGUCAUUGCUAGUGAUGGUGACAUACUGGAUGACUAUCUGCCGUGGCAGAGUGGCCAACCAGAUGGAAGUGGGGAUUGUUUACAACUGUGGGCGGGUGUAGGGAACAAGUGGGACGACACGCCAUGUUCAGUUACAAAAUACUUUGUAUGUGACGAGAAAACUUCCCUUCGUGUGUUGACCAACAAGAAAUCAUUCGACGAUGCUCAAGCCGACUGUGUAAGAAGAGGUGGGAAUUUAGCCAAAGACAACAGUGCCACCAGAAACCGAGCACUCUUGAGUGCGGUUGCGAAUUACCCCAACGAAGAUUUCUGGUUCAAUGGCAAAGUUGAAGAUAAAGUUGUCAGCACAACCGACGGACGCAUACAAUAUUGCUACUCCAAUUGGCAAAGUGGACAACCUGACAACAGUGGCGAUAGCAUACAGUUAUGGGCUGCCGUAGACCACAAGUGGGACGAUACUCCAGGAUCCAAUAAAAAGAUGUACAUAUGCGAGUUAUAAAGGAUUAAUGGAAACAUUUAGGCGCAUACGUGGUUCACCCUCAACUUCUUUUAAUGAAUAACUGUCUUAUAAUUAGGGUAAUGUUUGUCUGAUGAUCAAUAGAAACCUUUAUAAUGCGAAAAUUUGAAAGAUGUCAAAUAAAAUACACCAAUCACCUCGAAGA